UAGCUCGUCUGUUACCACUCUCGCCUUUCUUCGUUACUUGUUGCUUGCUUUUGUUCUUCGUCUUCCAUUUAUAACUGUCCAUAAAUUCUCUCUUUCUUACGCCACAACUUUGUUUUGCUGCUUCUUUUCUGUUUUUUUUUUUACUUCUGUUCGGGAUUCUGGACCUUUCCGGAAUGUAUUUUUAUGGGUUCUCGUUUGGCUAGUGAGAUUUUUUAAGGGUCAUCCAUGUUAUCGUGAAGUGUGUGAACAGGGAAAAUGGACUGAGAGCAGCGUACGUGUUCGAAGAAAGUUUGAAUAGGAUAAGGUCUAUUUACGAGGAAAAAAGAACAAGAUGAAGUUUAUGAAGCUUGGCUCAAAACCUGACACCUUCCAAGCUGAUGGAAAAUGCAUCCGGCAUGUCACAUCUGAUUUAGAAGAAGAUGUUACCAUAAACGUUGCUGAUGUAAAAUUUCACCUUCACAGGUUCCCUCUAAUAUCUAAGAGCAAUCGGUUGCAAAAGCUGAUAAUGAAAGCUACUGAAGAGAACACUCUUGGAGUUGACAUGGUUGAUUUUCCUGGUGGACCAAAAGCAUUUGAAAUUUGUGCGAAAUUCUGCUAUGGUGUGACUGUUACUUUAAAUGCUUACAAUGUGGUGGCUGCUCGUUGUGCAGCUGAAUACCUAGAGAUGACCGAGGAUGUUGAUCGAGGUAACCUAGUUUUCAAAAUCGAAGUAUUUCUUAACUCUAGUAUAUUACGUAGCUGGAAAGAUUCCAUCAUUGUUCUACAAACCACGAAAUCUCUUCUGCCAUGGUCUGAGAACCUGAAGAUUGUUGGAAGAUGCAUUGAUUCCAUUGCAUCGAAAACCUCUGUUGAUCCUGCAAACGUCACAUGGUCCUACACAUAUUACCGGAAGUUGUCAGCCCAUGAAAAAAUAGUAGAGUGUGUUACGAAAUUUAGAGAGAAGAUUGAAUAUGUUCCAAAGGAUUGGUGGGUGGAAGAUAUAUGUGAGCUAGAUAUUAUUCUCUACAAAAGAGUCAUGACUGCUGUGAAAUCGAAGGGAAGAAUGAAUGGUGCCAUCAUAUGCGAGGCGCUUAAAACGUAUGCUGCCAGAUGGUUGCCAGAUUCUGUUGAUGCGUUGGUAUCUGAUGUACAUUCCAGGAGAAACAAAUUACUGGUGGAAACAAUUGUAUGCUUAUUACCUCCGGACAAGGGUGUGAGUUGUUUGUGCAGUUUCUUGCUGAAGCUGUUGAAAGUUGCCAUUUUCGUUGGGGUGGAUGAUUCAGCAAAGGAAGAUUUAGUGCAGAGGAUAAGUUUAAAGCUGCAGGAAGCUUCUCUCAAGGAUUUAUUAAUCCCAGCACGGCCUCCCCAAACUACCUUAUAUGAUAUUGAGAUGGUGCUUUCUAUUGUGAAUGAGUAUAUGAUGCAUGAAGAGUGUAGUAGAGAUUUAGAUCUUGGAAAGAGUGAUGUGGGAUGUACUGAUUAUGUUCUGGGGCAUGGAACCGUGUUGAGUGUUGGUAAACUGAUUGAUGCAUAUCUUGAAGAAAUUGCACGCGACCCAAAUCUUUCGCUUGCUACUUUCAUCGACUUAUCCCAGUCUAUCCCCAAGUUUGCUAGGCCAGUACAUGAUGGACUCUAUAAAGCCAUUGACAUCUACCUUAAGGAGCAUCCGAGCUUGACAAAGGCCGAAAGAAAGAAACUGUGCGGUCUGAUGGAUGUCAAGAAGUUCACAACGGAUGCGUCCAUGCAUGCUGCGCAGAAUGAUAGACUUCCACUUCGGGUGGUAGUUCAAGUUCUCUACUUUCAGCAAGCCAGAGCAGCAGCUGGAGUUAAGUCACUUAACAACAAUCCCCAUGACACUUGCCAGUCCACGCCGAACACUGACGAAGAGUGGGAGAAAACUGCAACUGAAGAUUGUAACUCCAUCAAGAAACAGAUGGACCAGAUCAAGAUAAAAGAGGAUGGGAGUAAAUUGGUAAAGAAGAGUAGCAAAAACAGUAAAAGUGGGAUGCAGCUGCUGCCUUCUCGAUCGAGAAGAAUAUUUGACAAGUUGUGGGUGGUGGGAAAAGGGCAGGGCGAGAACAAAAGUUCUGAGACAUCUGGAAGUUCACAAAGCCCGACAUCGAUGGUUCCGGGAGAUACCAAGUCCUCCGGUUCAUCUGCAAAACACAGGAGGCGUUCUAUUUCCUAGAGAAGGGUAUGUCGAUGUCUACGAAGAAGAUUCAGCAACUGCAGCAAGUGUAAAGAAGUUGGGGAGUUCCUAUCAUGUGUGAAGUAUUCUUAAAUAGGGUCAGCUGCUGAAAAAAAUUAAUGUAAUAUCAGAUUUUUGGUCAUUCUCUUACCAGACAUCUUUAAUCAGAUUCUAUGAUCAUCUUUUCUAGUAACAAGGCGACUACGUUUUCUU